AUGAACAACGCACCGAUGACCUAUAAGAUGACUCCGAUGAGGGAUGUUUAUUAUGAAGAAGAGAAGAAAGUUUGUUGUGGAAAACUUACUUACAAGAAUGCGUGUAUUCUAAUUGGAGUUAUGGAAGUUUUUUACUGGGCUUACUACGGUAUUCUCCUUCUUUUUGCAAUUGUUCAUCAUCAGAAAGCAUGGAGUGUCGUCUUCACAGGUGUUAACCUUAUCAUGUUAACAGCACAAGUGAUUAUUCUGUGGUAUGGAGUUGUUAAUGAGGCUCAUAAAUUCCUUCAAACUCAUCUGAUUUUCCUGACUCUCACUUUCCUUUGGGAUGUUGUUCUGGCAAUCGGUUUCUUCUGUUUAUCAGUUGUUCCGUAUGCAUAUACUAAUGACAUUCUUCAAUACAAGGGAAGUGAAUGGAAUGCAAGAUUAUUUGGAAUCAUAAUGGGUUCGAUUCUUCUCGUUUGGUUUGUUGCACGUGGAUUUGCCACAGUCAUCAUCUACAGAUACUGGAAACUUUUGAGAGCAUUGCAAGGAUAUGGAAAUGAUAAUGACUUCUAA